GGACCCAUGAACAAAAUGAGUUCAUACUGUUCGGGCGAGCUAAAGCGGAAACAUUACACAAUUUUGAGAGAACAGUUCCAAAGUUGGCAAAGAUCACAGGAUCAAGACAAGCAACAAGCGGUGGCUGCUGCAGUGCUGGUAGUUUGGAGGAUGGCCGGGUGGAUGAUCACGACAGGUCCAUAGAUCUACGUGCGUGGCUAUCAGUGCAGUAUCAGUGCAGCAUCAAGCAGUUUACACACGACUGAAUGAAUGGGUGUGGUUACAUUAUUGUACCAGUACAGUAAGUAGUUGGAGUCUUGGGCAGAAAUAAUUGAAUCAAUUGUUUUGGAUUUGACGAGAUCAUAAUACUUCAGGCACAACGAACACCUUUUUUUUUCCGUCCCGUGUGCUUGCUGUGUCGGAAACAUGGCAUGGCUGAUAAAGAGAAAAGGUAGCAGCGAAUUGUUGAGCUGGCUUCUACCGCUAGCUCUGGUGCUGUUGUGCCCUGUGCACAUAACACAGCUUAGUUUGUCAGCGUCGGUGACUCCGCCAGCAACAGUAAGCACCACAACUGAAAAUGGGACGUCGGACGACUCAACAUCAGUGUCGUCAGCCUCACCAGCAACACCUAUGCCUAUGGCCGGCGGCACCACUUCCAGUCCAUCGUCACCAGCGUCAGCGCACCCACUUACAAGUACGGCUGGGCCUUCUUCUGCGCCGACCACCAUGCAGUCAACUCCGUCGAGAAUGGCCACUUCGCCCCCAGCGUCGACCCCGCUGGCAUCGACUAUGCCUGGAGGCGGAGGCGGCGGAGGAGACCCCGAUCCUGAUGGUGGCGGAGGCGGCGACCCACCCGAUGGCGAUGGUGACGGAGACGAUGAGGGAGAUGAUCAUGGCGAUGACGACGUUAUUCCAACAUUUCCAGCUUACACGGGCGAUCCGAGGAAGAACUGGACAGUGUGCUCAACACUGGCCCUGAACGACCUGCAGGCGUUUGCGGUGUUCCGAUCCUACGGCUGUGAGAUCCUCAACGGCAGCCUUGUGGUGAACAUCGGGAACGUGGACGUGGCGAACCUCUCGCAGAUCCAGCUGCCAUCGCUGCGGCACGUGACGUCCGUGCUGGCUGUGUUGCUAGCUACGCCGUGGACGGUACGCGACGUGUUCCCAAACCUGAUCGCCGUGCACGGCCAGGAGAGCCCCAUACAACUGCUGGAGCGCUUCAAACUGUUUGUCGGCGUGCCGUACGAGUACUACGAGAACAUUACAAUGUUGGUGAGCAACGGUGCGAUCCGCGACCGUACAGACGGUAUUGCCGUCCUGCGCGGUCGCAUCGCAUACUACACCAAGAACAGAACGGUGUACUCGAGUCCGUCCGACGACGUGGUGCCGAUCGACUGCGAUGGGCAGCUACCCAUGGCCAGGACCGGUGUGUCGGUGGAUGUCAACAUGACCGCCAACACCACCGUGAUGUGUUGCGAUCGCAGGUUUGACGGCACGUUCCUUUGUCCGUACGAUGUGGACUUGUCGUGCUUGUCGGACGCCAGACUGACUAGCCAAGGUAAUCGGACAGGGCUAGCCCCUACGAUGGCAACCAGCGACAACUCAACCAAUGCCACGUUCCCCACGCUGCUGCAGAACAGCACCGCGUCACCACGAUUACCACCGUCAUCAUCUCCUCCUCCGCCGUCACCAGCAGCACGGUACGGUACGCCGAUUGUGUGUACGUACUACGCUGGCGAGGACUUGAACCAGUGCGUGGAUGCGUGUCCAAGCGAUACCUCUCUGUUUGCCGGCAUAGUCUGUGUGAAGCGUUGCCCUACAAUCGUCACAGCAUCACCCACCAGUGUGCUAUACGAGCCGUACUUCUCUGCACCGAGCGGGAACAGCAGCAACCAGCUGAGCCAAUGCCAGAUCAGCUGUCCGCCGUUCUUCCAGGCCGACUCACGCUCUUCAACCUGUCAAUCGUGCAGUACCACAGAGGACCAGCCUGGAGUGCCAUGCAUGAGAGCGUGCCCAGGCAUAGUGGUGAAGUCGCUGACACAGCUCUGUGGAUUCGUGGGCUGUACAGACGUACGGGGAGAUCUCAUCCUGAGCAUCAAUAAUCCCGGUCUGAUUCCGCAGUGUCUCAACAACGACUACGGGAUCACCACACUGAACUCGGCCAUGAUCAAAGCCCUGGGCAGUGUGAGGCGUAUCUACGGCCUGCUACUCAUCAUUGGUAACAUUUGCAUGUACAACCUGAACUUCUUCAGGAACUUGGAGGACGUUUAUGCACGCAGGACAAUUGCCGGCAACUAUAGUAUCCUGAUAAAAGACAACCCGGUGUUGACAGACGUGUACGGGCUCAGUCAUUUGGCAAUUGUUGGCCGGUACGAGCUGGACAUUCUCAACGUGACAGAGGUGCUGGAUACAUUCCGCAUCGAAGCCAAUUCCCUGCUGUGUCCCAGUGAGAUCAACAGGCUGCUGUUCUCACUGUUAGGCGAUCACUACAUCGGUGUUCCCAUACCUCCGUUUAGACAUCUCUACUUCAACUCAGACCCGAGUGUGUGUCCUGUAACAAGGUUCCCUAUCAACGUAACAGGCACCAGUGAGACAAGUGUCACUGUGAAGUGGUCACUACCACAACCCCAAGACAACACAACUGUCGUGUACAGCCAGUAUUUAUACUUUGUGGAGACUCGCAACAGUGUUGAUCCACAUCUACGUGCAAUCAUCCAGGACAGUGGUCGCACUAUCAACACAGAUUUCUCGUGUGCUGCAAGACUUGAACCCUGGUCAGUGAUAUCUGUCCCUGCCAACGCAAGUAGCUACACUGUGACGAACCUGCGCGUCUGCUCCGAGUACGCGUUUGAGAUCGACGCCAUCUACAACCACACCUCGCCGUCCUCUCCGGGCUUGAACAGCGGCAACUCGUCACACGUGAUACUCGGUCGACCCAAGACUCUAGCUAAUCUUCCCAGCCCUGGCAAUGUGCGUGUGCAAUCGGCCAACACCGACACCAUCACUAUCAGCUGGACAGAGCCGACGAUCGCAUGCCAAGCAAUCGGCACGCCCUUCACAUAUCGCGUGUUCUGGGCACAGAUCGAGACUUUCGCUCCGGCCAGUGAUCUGACGCUGGCUGCAUGCGGACAGCUAUGCCUGUGCUCGGCGUACAACUACUUGGACUCUUCGACACAAAUUGGUCAGCUCAUGGCAACGGCUAGCCAGCAGCUGAACGGCAGCUUUUCUCUCUCGUCGGGUUUCGCGUUUGAGACCGGCGAGCACAUCUCCAAUCUGAUCACCCCGGCUGGGUGUAAUAAUGAUGACGUGUCAGGGGUGUGCUGUCCCGAGGGCUUGCACAUCCAUGUCAAACAGCUAGGUUUGACCGUGCCAGGACUGUUCGGCAAGCAGCACAGUGCACUGACGCGAGGUCUCAACUUCACCGUGAAGCGCAACAUGUCGUCGCUGCGGUCCACCUAUGUCUUCUCGGUACAAGCUUACCAUGGCGACCCGAGUGAUGACACCAAGCUCAGUAACAAUCCGUGGGCAGUUGCUGCUAAUGUUUCACAAAGUCUUACGACCGAUGCCUUACAAGGACUGAGUGUCAGCAGAUCUAGGAAUGCGACAGGUGCACUGGAGCUGUCCUGGACAGAGGCUGCAUCCGCCAUCAGUCCUGCCAUUCUGUACCAAGUCUUGGUGAGCGCGCGGUUCCGCACGUACUUCCGCCAGACUGGCCAGUUUGUGGACAGUCUAGAUCCUGAUGUCAUGCAGUGCUUGCAAGCGUACUGCUCUUCGGCCCGCUCACCCAUGGAGUGUAUCAACGUCACCUUGACAACGCAAAGUGGCAACGCAGUCCCGGUUGCCUUGGUGAUCAACGUCACAAGCGCUGGCGUCAGUACAGUGGGUGGCAAGACCAGCCUUUUGUUGAGAGAUAUCAAGUGUGCUGAUCCGCAGGCGGGAACUUCCCUCCGUGACAUCCUUUUCCAGGUGCGGAUGGUGUCGGUGGGUGGAUGCGGCCCAUGGUCAGCGGCGGCAACCCGGGCCCUGGACUCUAUCACAGCCAGCACCAGUGAACCAAGCAGUAGUGGUAUAACGGCUGGAGAGAUCGUCGGUAUUGUCAUUGCUCCGCUGGCUGCCCUCCUGCUCCUGCUCAUGGGUCUCUACUCACUAUCAUUGUACAGGUCCAAGAAGAAAAGCGCUCGUGAGACAGCGGAGAUUCGCAGCAUCUUGGAGAGGAUCUACCAGUCAGACAGAUCGUUUGUGAAGGCGAAUGCUGGUGGCAAGACGGAGAAUGACUAUGAGGGAGACCUAACUUUUGCAAAUGAGAUGGACGAAUGGGAGGUGGAUUUGAAGAGCAUCACGCUACUCGGUGAGCUAGGCAGAGGAAACUUCGGCACGGUCUAUGAAGGUCGCAUGAAACAGAUCAUUGACGACAAGGAAGAAGAAGUGAAGGUUGCUGUAAAGACCGUCAAGGAAGGGUCAUUUGCCUCGGAUCGUCGGGACUUCUUAGCUGAAGCUUGUGUGAUGAAGGGCCUUAACUCUCCCAAUCUUGUCAACCUGGUUGGCUUGGUAACGCAAGGUGAAGCCUAUGCCAUCAUGGAGUUCAUGCCACAUGGUGAUUUGAAACACUACCUCAGAGCCAUUCGACCAGAAAAACAAGCCGAGAAAGGUUUUGACCUGAUGGUGCCGUCGGAGUCCAUGUUCUACAGCUGGGCAGGCGACAUCGCCAAGGCCAUGCAGUACUUGAGCUCCAAGAGGAUUAUUCACCGAGACUUGGCUGCACGCAAUGUGAUGAUUGACGAGAAGUACUCUCUCAGAGUGGGAGAUUUUGGUCUGGCACGGGACAUUUACAUAACGGAUUACUACCGGCGUGAAUCACAAACACCACUACCACUGCGCUGGCUAGCCCCUGAGUCUAUCCGGGACGGUGUGUUCAGUCAUGCUAGUGAUAUCUGGGCUUAUGGUAUUGUGCUGUACGAGGUAGCUACCUUGGCUCAGCAACCGUACGUUGGGCUGAACAAUGAAGACGUCGUCAGGCUGCUGAUCAAAGGCGGCUGUAUGGACCCUCCCAUCCCGGCCAUGUCAUUCCCCAAUGAUGUCAUUCGCGUCAUGACAUCAUGCUGGAAGCAUUCACCGGAAGAUCGCCCCACGUUUGACAACUUAGUCGAGCAGCUUACUCCGGACGACGACUUCGUAUGACAUACCAACAAAAUGAUCAUGAUGUCAUCGUCAGUGGCACUGGUGACAGGACAUGGUAUGACAUCAUUAUGAGUCAUCUGUAACAUAGUCCUGAACUUGUGGCUCCGGCCAUAUUUGAGUGAAUCCCCACGACAGGAUUGCCCACUGGCAAUGCGGUUGAUCACUCGUGCAGGGUAGCUAUAGCAAUUCCACUAUUCGGUGGCCAUCACUCCAAGACGAAUAGACUAGCAUCAACUUUACUAGUGACUGUCGACAAUGAAUUUUAAAUCAUCACGUAAUUUAUUUCAUUAGAAAUGCCAAUUAGGGUAGAUUCAGUUUUCAACUCGCAACCGUUCAUAGCGGUUUAGAUCUGUUCCUCUAGACUCUGCCUCACGAGUCACGGCACAUGUACAUGAUAUUGUACCUGCACAUGAAGUUGUGCUGUAUACACGUACUUGACAUACAUACAUGAAGUUGUGCUUUAUACAUGUACUUGUACACACAUACAUGAAGCAUACAUUACAUUGUUUCUCCUAAGUUUGACCUGGUCUCUAACCAAGCCUUUUCCAGAUCUGGAAUUUCUCACGAAACUUUGACUCGACAUGACAUGGUAUUGAGAAAUACCAGUGACUUACAUUAUAUAAAUAGAGUAAAAUUUUAUAAAGUGAUUUUGGAGAUUGCAGCGCUGGCCGAUGUUUGACAAAAUGGCAUUUUUAAAACUUUGAAGUAUACAAUCAUGUACUUACAUUGUAUCUACUUUUCUAGCUUUGAGUACUGCUCUUAGUUUGAAGUGUUCGUUUUUAAUUCACUGUUGAUAAUUCCUCUGUGGUUACUAGCUAUGCUAUCAGGAAGUCUUAGCAUCUUGCGGGAUGUUACGAUUGUACUGUGCAUGUAAAAGAUACUUCACUCAUUUGUCUCAAAUCCGAACAUUGAAGUUACGGGUACCUCGUUCUAGUGGGCACCCUCUGGGUGAGUCUGAGU